AUGUUUAUGAUUCCGGAACCACCGCCGUUGGAUUAUUACAUAACCGACGUUUCGCCAUCCUUCGCCGCAGACGGAGUGUUUUACCAUGGAAAAGCACCGCCCACCCAUAAAUAUGUUGCGAAGCAGCUGAAACCGAUCAAAAGGACAGUGUUCGACCCGCUAGCGCCGAUACAGGAAGUGGACUCGCGUACGCUAAACCAAUGGCUCGAGAGGGACAAGGAGGGCUACGUGGCCGCCGCAGGCAAGGACAACGGAAUCAUUUAUCAAACGCUUAACACAAUGCCGACACGGAAACGUGACCCGAGAUCGGAAAAAUCCGCGUUCUCGAUAUUCCCCCGAUCACCUCAAUACGAAUUAUGGUACAUUCGUAACGAGCGUUUAAAAAAUGCCGAGAAAUACAGAGGAGAAAUCGUCGAAUGUCCAAAGAAGGAAGAAACGCUCGAUACCGAUGACGAGCCGUGUGGUUUGCUGAAACCACCGAUUUGGUGGAAAGAUAAAGAAACAAGAAAACCGAGCAGUCUUACAGUUGCGAACAUAAACGAUUACGCGCUCGAAAAGCUCAAGGAUUUCGGUCAGCAUGAUGUAAAACUCAGUGAAAAGCUUCACAUGGAUCAUCCAAGAAAAUACAUACCGGGUGUCAUUCGUCGAUUACAGAAUCCAGAGGACACGAGUAUGAUGGACGCCCUCGAGAAAGCGGAUGCCUUUGAAGACGUUGCAAAAGGGGAGGAAACUUUGCCAGAAGUCGUCGUCCCACCUGUUGACGAGCCCUGCGAUAAGUGUCCGUGUGCGCCGACUUGUUGUUCGCCGAAAGAAGACGAGGAUGUAAAAGUCGCUGAUAAGAGCAUACUCCACGGUGACAGUCGAUGGCAACCUCUUCGGGAAAAUGUGUCUUUACCGAAGACCGAACUGAAACGAGAAAAAAAGUUUAGAGAAUUAACCAAGUCGUUCCAACACGAUUUGCAUAAAUGGUAUACGAAGAAUAAGCCAACAGAAUUGAUCGUACCUGUCAGACACCUGGGGAAAAAAGCGAUACCAGAAAGACGUUUCUCUCAUUUGUGA